CGAAUUUCCCGCUUUUUAGAAUGCUAUAGAAGCGUAAUGGAACAUUUAACGAAUAUAAAUAAUAUAUUGUGCAUUUUUCAAUUUUUUUUCUCAAGAUUUAUGAGAAUCUUGUACGAUUUCUCUUGAUACAGUUAAAAUAGUUUUGUCAUCGAUUAAAAAUGUGCCUUAGAAAAAUGUUAGAUAUAUCAUGAAACUUUUGUGCCGAAAAAUUUACUAUAUUUGUGAAUAUAUACAUUAUAAUCAAAGAUUUUUAGUGAUGUGUAGUGAAAUUCAAUAUAAUACGGAGUGCCAAAAACAACAAAACUAAAAUAUAAUUCAUUGAUAUUAUAUUGUUUGAUAAAAAAUAAGUUGUUUUCAUGAAUGUAAAAUCAGCAUUAAUAUUAUAAGAAUGUAAGGUUAGAUAUACGUUAUAAUUUAUAUUCUGUGUGUUAUUAUUUCUUAAUAUAUUAUUUUGUUUAUAUGAUAAAAGUGUUUAAAUAAAUCAAUAGAACUAGAAAAAAUCAACAAUAUAAAUAGUUCAAGGACAUUCUUCUUCAUCAUUUUCAUAGUGUGCAUUGUGCAGUGUAUACAAUAGAUACAAUCUCCAAAUAUCUACGUGAUAUGUUUUUACUUUGAUUACUGCAAGAAACAUAAACAUGGCAGAUCGAGAUUAUGAUAUGGGUCCAGCUACAGAAAUGAUGAUAAAUGAUUUUGAUGAUGAGCGGACUUUAGAUGAAGAAGAAGCUUUAGAAGGUAGUGAAGAUUCUCACAACGAGUUGUCCAACUUACAAAAGGAUCAAGCCUGUGAAAUGAAAAAAUCAAGCCCAUAAAUAAUUACAAUUAUGAUAAGUUUCUACAACACUUUGGACUCAAAGAAGGUGAUAUGCCACUAAAAGACCUACUUGCGAUGUAUGGAUACGGGGAUCCAUCAACGGAAAAUUCAAACAGUUCAGACCGAAUGUUAAUUCCAUCUGGAAGCGGUGAUCCAGAAAUUGAAGGACAAUAUUCAGAUAAAGGAGAUAAUGACGCAGAUGAUGAUGAAGAUGAUGAUGAAGCGGAUGCAACUAGUAAUGAACCAGAUCUCAAGCAAUUUUAUACAGAAAUGUUGGUAAAAGGAAAAGAUUCGUCGUCAUUAGUAUCAGGAUCAACAAUGAAAGGAAAUAAUACCAAUAGUGUAGGUACCGGAGAUAAUAGUAGACGACAUAGAAUUCAUGAUGAUGAUGAAGAUGAUGAAGAAGGUGAAGUGGAAGAAUGUUCUAUGAUGGAUGGUUGUAGUAACAAUGAAAGCACAAGAACAACUUCAACUAUUGGUGGUAAUACUACUAAAUGUAGCAGUAUAACCGCACUUGCUAGCUGUACAACAAAUGAUAAUACUGGUGGUGGAGUGGAAAUUAAUGUUAGCAGUGGUAUGGUAGAUGGAGGAGAAGAUGGAAUAGUUAGUAGUGGUAUAGGCACAUCAAGAUUACUAAGAAGCGUUUCACGACCACAAAGCGAAGAAGAAGAAGAUGAUUGUGAUUAUAGUCCAGAUGAAGAAGAAUGGAAGAAGACAAUCAUGGUUGGUAUUAAUUAUCAAGCGGCUAUACCAGAAGGUCUUUGCCAUUAUGAUGAUGCUUUACCUUAUGAAAAUGAGGAUAAGAUGUUGUGGGAUCCUAGCCAUAUACCUGAAGAGGAAACUGAAGAGUUUUUAGAAAGAGCACAAUUACCAGCUGUAAAAGGUGGUUCUCUUCCUACAGGAUCUCAUAUCAGAGAUGACGAACAAGCCUUAUAUUUAUUGUUACAAUGUGGCUAUAAUCUUGAAGAAGCAUUAAGGAGACGAAGAAUGAACGUCGUACCACCAACGGAUGCAGUUAGUCUAUGGUCGGAAGAAGAAUGUCAUAAUUUUGAAUCUGGAUUACGAAGUUAUGGAAAAGAUUUUCAUCUUAUACAAAAAAAUAAGGUUAGAACGCGAUCUGUUGGAGAAUUAGUGCAAUUUUAUUAUCUUUGGAAGAAAACAGAAAGACAUGAUAUAUUUACAUACAAAGCUCGUUUAGAAAAGAAAAAAUAUGCUUUGCAUCCUGGUAUCACCAGGGACUAUAUGGACCGAUUUCUGGAAGAACAAGAGGGUGUUCGCGAUCGUAGCAGUUCACCAAACGUUCAUUGUUUACUAUACGGUGAUGCGAAACGACAAAGGUCAACCGUUAGUGUUCCAAAUAACGAGGAAGCAAAAUCAGCGGAACCAUGGGAUGGUUCUGUAAUUGACUCUUUAGCAGACUCGAAUGGACCGACACCAGUACCACCGCCACCACCACCUCCACCACCACCACCACCAAUAUCAACUGCUGUAACUGUAUCUUCAGGUUCUGUUUCAACUAUAUUGUCAACAUCUAUAUAUUGUACUGCGACAACUCGUCAUUCCGAUUGUUCACCGUCCGAUUCUAGCUAUACAAAUCCACAUAUGUGGUCGAAUUUGACAUCUCGAAAUCAUUCUACCUCCUGUAUCGUAACGACGAUCUCAAUAAAUACAACAACAACAAGUACUGUUCCAAUGGUUACGGCCAUUGGAAUCACAAGCACGGUUACAAGCAGUUCUACCAUCACUUCUACUGCCUCUAAUAAUUUUUAUCGCUCGCGAGUAACGUCGAGAAACAAUGAUGUGCAUGAUACACCAUCACCGGAGAACAUUUUACCUCAUUUACCUCCUUAGCGUCGAACACAACUUUCAGGUUUUCAGCCUGGAAGGUGUCAAAUAUCUUGGUGCGAGAUGAUUUAUUUAACACUCGCGUUAUCAUUAUCGUCAUAACAUAUAAUAUUCGUUAAUACCACGAAUUAUAUUUUUAUACUAUAUCGUAAUAUGAUUAUUAAUUUCUAUAGCGAAAAUAAAAAAAAAGAAAAAAAAAGUUUUUCGCGAAAUCGAAAUAAAUAAUAGCAAAUUAAGUAAAAUUGGAAAGAUAAUUGAUUAGAUUAAGUGGUAUAUGAACAUAAAUUACUACAGCUUUUUCCAUACUUUCUGCUUUCUACUUUCCUAUAACCAUUCCCGAUGAUCCUGUAGAUUUACAAAAAGAAUAUAAGUUUAAAAUGUGUCUAAAUGAUUCGCAUUUUCAGAUUUAUAAAUAAUUAAAUGUUAUUAAAGCGAAUGAACGAUACAAUUACAGAAUUGUAGUAACAGACAAAUUUAUAAAAAAUAAUAAUCGUUAUUUAAAA